AUGCGACCCUCCACGCUCUCGCUCCGGCACAUCGCCAAUGGCCUCCUAGCCCCUCAAAUGAGCCCGAUCGUCCGGGCCUCUUCCACCACGCCACUGCAAUCUCGACUAUACUCCACAUCCAGAGCCAUGCCACGACUAGCCCAACGGUCGGUAUGGACGUCUUUAGUCCCACGAUUUCUUCGCGAACGAAAACCCAAAGACCCCAAGUCAGAACCGCCCAAGUCGAAAGAAUGGAACCCUGCCAGUUUCUACAUCAUUAUCUUCAUUCUCAUCGGUUCGCAAGCCAUCCGCAUGAUCGCGCUCAAGAACGACUACAAUGCAUACACGCGCACGACGGACGCGAAAAUCCUGCUACUCCGGGAGGUCAUUGAGAGAGUGAAGAACGGGGAGGAGGUGGAUGUGGAGAAGUUGUUGGGGACGGGCGAUGCGGCGAAGGAGAGGGAGUGGGAUGAAGUCCUUCGAGAAAUCGAAGCGGAAGAUUCACUAUGGCAUCGGAAAAACAAGGGCUCGGACAAAGAGCAGGAAACGCCAUCGCAGCAAGAAACAAGAGUGCAGGCAGAAUCAGAACACAAGGAGCCUGUGGUGCCCGCUGAAGGAAGUGGCACUGAGGAGCCCCCGGCAGACAGCGCCUCGAGACGGAAACUCAACUUCUUCUAA